GCAGCGCCCCCGCAGAUGGGCUUGGGCUGGAGCAGCGCGGAGGAGCGGCGGCCCCUCCUGCCGCCGCCACCGCAGCAGCCGCGGCCGCAGCCGCGGGGACCGGCGGGGGGCCCGGCGGGGCGGCUGCCGCCGCUGUCGGGUCGUGUGUACGGUCGGCGAUGGCUGGUGCUGCUGCUGUUCUCGCUGCUGGGCUUCGCGCAGGGCCUGGUGUGGAACACUUGGGGUCCUAUCCAGAACUCGGCCCGCCUGGCCUUCGGCUUCAGCGGCUGGGACAUCGCCCUACUCGUCUUCUGGGGGCCCAUCGGCUUCGCGCCCUGCUUCUUCUUCAUGUGGCUCAUGGACAAGAAGGGUCUGAGGGUAACAGUGCUACUAACAUCAUCCCUCAUGGUAUUGGGAGCUGGCCUGAGGUGUGUUCCAGUUUCAGACGUAGAAAUUAGGAAGAAGCUGAUUCACGGAGGGCAGCUGUUGAACGGCUUGGCGGGGCCCACGGUGAUGAACGCGGCUCCCUUCCUUUCCACGACGUGGUUUUCUCCGGACGAGCGCGCCACGGCCACGGCCAUCGCCGCGCUGCUCAACUCCCUGGGCUCUGCUGCCGCCUUCCUGGUGGGACCGCUGGUGGUGCCCCCUCCCAACGGCACGGCUCACCUGGUGUCACACAGCAACACCCAGCACAUCAAGGACCGCAUCGAGGCCAUGCUCUACGCAGAAUUUGGAAUGGUUUCCCUGAUAUUUUCUGCAGCGUUGGCCUACUUCCCCUCGCGCCCUCCAUUCCCCCCCAGCGUGGCUGCAGCGAGCCAGCGGCUCAGCUACAGGAGAAGUUUUUGCAGACUCUUAAGCAAUUUCCGAUUCUUGAUGAUUGCUUUAGCCUAUGCGAUACCACUGGGUGUUUUCUCUGGCUGGUCUGGUGUUCUGGAUUUGAUAUUAACACCCAUUCAUGUAAGCCAGGUGGAUGCAGGCUGGAUUGGAUUUUGGUCUAUAGUUGGAGGUUGUGUUGUUGGCAUAGCAAUGGCAAGAUUUGCAGAUUUUAUCAGGGGCAUGCUGAAGUUCAUACUGCUGCUGCUUUUGUCUGGAGCAACAUUAGCAUCAACCUGGUUCACUCUCACCUGUCUAACUACUGUCACUCAUCUGCCUUUAACCACAGCUACACUGUACACAUCCUGCAUUUUGCUGGGUAUUUUCCUCAACAGCAGUGUACCAAUAUUCUUUGAGCUCUUUGUGGAGACAGUCUAUCCUGUUCCAGAAGGAAUAAGCUGUGGAGUCGUCACCUUUUUGAGUAAUGUGUUCAUGGGAGUCCUUUUGUUUUUCCUGACAUUUUACCAUACAGAGUUUUCCUGGUUCAACUGGUGCCUGCCGGGGUCGUGUCUGCUCAGCCUGCUCCUCAUCCUGUGCUUCCGCGAGUCCUACGACAGACUCUAUCUCGACGUCGUCGUCUCCGUGUGAUGACAGCGGACUGGUGAGGGCAUGGAAGAGACUGGAAGUCGGCUUUGCAGUCUGCACAUCUGCCUGGAUUUGCACAGCUGAACAGCAGAAAAACAAAGAAAUUUCAAGACUUAAUCAUGGCUUUAUUUAGAGAGGGUGAGGGCCGGGUCGUUCUUGCGUUCAGGACCAUCUUGAUUUGCCAUAAAUAUGGAACUGGAGCGGUGACGGUGACGCUGAAAUGCACAAAGAGAAUCUCUCUGCUGUCCAGGUCCCUGUGCCAGGGCUGGGGCUCUCUGUUGAAGAGGCUGUUGAUGUAGCAGUGAGGUGUAUGUUGUGUGUGUGCGUGUGUGCUGACUCACGGUUAGACACACCAGGGUACCAGUAAUCUUCAGAGUCUUCUAUCAGAAUAAAGAUAGGGAAUAAUCUUAACAAAAGGAAAAAAAUAAGAAAAGAAAAAUCUUUUCUUCAAGAUCUCUUUAAAAUCGCUAGUCAUUUAUAUAUUGAAUGUUCAUUAAACAGUUAAGCUAAAAUGAUUUGGUGCUUCUACACUACAUUUACAUUCUAAUAAAGUGAGUUCUGAUAUAAGACACUGGUACCAGGGUUUUUAGCCAUACUAAAUAUCCCAAAUAAUCCUUGCAGUGUUAUUAGAGGUGUUUGUUACCACCCUGGAGCACAAGUAAACAAUAGCUUUAGGUACCACUGAAUCCCAGCCUGCACCCACAGUCAUCUCUGAAAUGCCACUGUGGUUCCAUAUGGUUCUGAAUAUGGAGCAUCUGUGGUGUACUGGAGUGUCACUCUAGGUAAAUGUUGCUGUUCGAAAGGCCACCACUGUGUCACCUUUCCAUCCUCCAUCUCCAGUACUGCUUUUUUUACUGUUUGUGCCACUGAAUACUGUGGGUGUGGAUGUCUGAGUCCUGCUAGUUCUCUCCUGAUACUCUAAGGUGUGUUUGGUUUUUAGGAUUAGUUUAUGACUGAGGGUGCCUAAACAAUAUUGCUUGUAACCCAAGUCUUGAGAAAUCACUGUUUCCUAAAAAAGAACCUUUCUAGUAUAGGAGGUGCAUUGAUGGCAAAAUGACAACGAGUUUGACAAUGGGGAGUAACUCACGAGUUCUGGCAUAAUAUGGGAAAUUAAUGCCAGCUCUUUUUAUCAGUACUAAUCUGUGGUCAUUCUGGCCCUUACUUGAACAUAAGUAUUAAAGACACUUUGAAUAGUUUUUUAACUCAAUUUUUAAACCUGCUAAUGAUUUCUUAAUUACAUUCUUAGAUUUCAGUUCAGCAUCAUUUAAAAUACUUCUCUGUGUGUGUGUGUGUUCUGUGCUUUGUGUUAUGGGGGUGUGUUUGUGUGUAUGGGGUGCAUAUUUAUAUCAAUGUAUACACAAAUAAAACUUAUAUAUAUAAAAGAUACAUCUAUAUAUAUAAGUUGUGCAAGGGUAUGUGUUUCCCUAGGUUUUCUCCAGGUGAUCCUGUCUGGGGAAGGUGAUGUGCCCUUGUUUGUAACCAAGCAGUCACUGCCGUGAGUGGGAACGCGUCGUGCGGUUUGCCACAGGGAUUCUUUUCAGGGCCUGAAUGAUUCCCUGUCAUGGCAGUUCUGUGGCAGGGGGUGGGGGCACGUGUGGGAGGAGGCUCUGCAUCUCUACAAGUUGAAUCAAGCACCCUCUGCUCCUGUGUGGGGCUCUUCUUUGCCUCUGGGGUGACACCAGCAUGGUAAGCUCACUCAAAUAAACCCAGAACUACCUUUGAGACACAGAUCUGUUCCUUCUGCUUGCUCUCCUUUUGCAGAGAGAAUACAACUCUAAGACUUAACUCAGGAGUGUGUCUGUGCAGUAAAAUCAAACAACCUGUUCUCUGCUUUUAUGUUUCCAGAGCAAUUGAUGUACUUACUGUAGUAACUGAAAAUGGAUUUAGCUCAUUGCCUGUAUCAGCUCUAAAUGAUCUUUCCUGUCUUGAAACAGGCUCUUUGUGGAAGUGGAGCUAACCUGCACAGGGAAAACAAAAUCAGUCCAAACACAAGCACAUUCUGAUCCACUGGCAUCAUCCCUUACUUUUCAGAUGACUGGUGUUAACUGUCCAACUUCUUUUUACUAUGUUUAGGGCCUGGAUUAGUUUCAAUAUCCAGUAGCUGCUGCUACCUAUUGUCUUCUGAAAGCAAGGAUCGCUUGCCAGGAGUCUGGAGUUGCAUUGUCAUGGCAGAACUGUAAGCUCAGAUGGCUCUUCAGAGCUCUGUUUCUGCAAUUUACUGUAGCUAUAUAAAGAUUAAAAUUGCUCAGCUCGGGCACUGUCCUGAGUGACAGAGAUUUCUAAUCCUUUCACUGUCCUGACUAUUUUAAGAUGGAGAAGCAUUUUACAUAUAACCUAUUCUUCCUCUGUUCCAGAAGGCAUCAAACAAUUCAAAAUAUUUGUCAGUGCUUCCAGAUGCUGGCUCUCUGUAGUCAGGGGAGAAGAGCGAACCUCUUGUUUUAAACCCUGUUGAUUGUUUUUCUGAGUCAGUGUGAAUGGCUCACUGUGGCUCUGAUGCUUUGGUAGCUGUUUCUCUGCGUGGUGGGUUGACUGUGGGUGGACACCACGUGCCCACCGAAGCUGCUGUGCCAUUGCCCUCCUCAGCUGGGCAGGGUAGAGAAAAUAAAAUGGAAAGCUCAUGAGCUGGGAUAAGAACAGGGAGAGAUCACUCACCAGUUACCAUCCUGGGCAGGACAGACUCAACCUGGGGGAAGCUAGUUUAAUUUACUAGCAAUCAUAUCACAGUAAGAUAAUGAGAAAUAAAACCUUACCUUGAAAACACCUUCCCCCCAUCCCUCCCUUCUUUCCAGGCUUAACUUUACUUGUGGUUGUCUCUCCCUCCUCCCCUCAGCAGCACAAGGGGACAGGGAAUGGGGACUGUGGUCAGACUAUCACACAUCUCAUCCUCAGGAUUCCCUCACAUUCUUCCCCUGCUCCAGCAUGGGGCCCCUCCCAGGGGAGACAAUCCUCCAGGAAUUUCACCAGUGUGAGCACAGACCUUCGGGAACAAUGCUGCCAGCAAAGCUGCUCCAGCCUGGGCUCCUCUCCAUUGUGCCACAGGUCCUGCCAGGAGUCUGCUCCAGCAGGUUCCACACAGCCCCAUGGCCUCCUUUGGGCGUCCAGCUGUGCAGCACGGGGCUCUCCACAGGCUGCAGGGAAUCUCUGCUCCCCACGGGCUGCAGGGACACAGCUGCCUCAGCAUGGUCUGCAUCACAGCCUGCAGGGAAUCUCUGCUCCCCACGGGCUGCAGGGACACAGCUGCCUCACCAUGGUCUGCAUCACGGGCUGCAGGGAAUCUCUGCUCGGGUGCCUGGAGCAGCUCCUGCCCCUCCCUCCGCACUGACCUGGGUACCUGCAGAGCUUCUCUUCUCCAGGUGCACUGGCUGCUGUGCAGUAACUUCCUUUCCCUUUUUAAUCUGUUAUCCCAGAGGUGUUAUCACCGUGGCUGAUGGGUUCAGCCUCGGCCAGUGCCAGUGCUCCGUUUGGAGCUGCUGUUGGCUCUGUCACUCGUGGGGAAGCUCCCAGCUGCUUCCCACGGACACCACCCCUGCAGCCCCUUGCUGCCGAAGCCUGGCACUGCAGCGUGGUCAGAAUUGCAGCCAUCAGUGCCUCUGCACCAAAGCAGGGACCUUCUCCAGGGCUGGGCAGCGCAGCCGGGCCCCGCUGGAAACCUGCGCCGGGUUCACAGGCGCCGCUCCGCAGUCAGGGCUCAGCUCCCAGCAACUCCAGUGGGAAUCUGCCCAAGUGAAAGGCAAAGGAUUGCUCCCAAAGUGCUUGAAGUUGUGCAGGACAUGGCUGCAUUCUACACACACGGUGUUCAAAUUUAGGAUUUUAUUAGAUUAGCAAAUCUGGCUCAGAAUGGAGGGGAGGAUUUUAAAUGUGCUUGCUGAGAUCUCUGAAAAAUAUUUUAUCCCCAUCUCUGCCCCACAGCAGCGUCCUUCUGUGGAGGAUCAGUCCAUUUCAUGUCAGUAACAUAACCCAUAGAAAUAUUUUUUGGAUAAGCAUUGUCGCUUGGUCCUCCCUUGUUUGGAUUUAGCAAGAGUCCAAGCUGCCAGGCUUCCUGCACUUGGUUGGAAGUUUGAGUUUGAAGCGCUGGGAGAGCCCUUAGCAGUGCAGAUGCAGUUAGCAGUAGUGCAGAAUAAGCUCAAAACAGUUAAUGUUUUUCUGUAUAACGAAAGCUCGAAGUCUCUCCAACUUGAACCAGUCACAGCACUGGCCGCUGCGUGGCCUGUGACUCGCCAGCAGAGGAAGGCGCCCGGAAUUUCCUUCUCUCUGUGUCCUGUAAGUUCACAGCCCUGAAGAUCCUCUUCCCCAGCAGUGCUCAGCCCCUUACACAGGUAAUUGUGUUGUGGGUUGUAUUGGGAAUGCUGGGAAGGAUGCUCCAUAGUGACCCCUCUCUCCUAGUGGUUCAUUUUAAACACUCCUCAGGUUUGUUUGGCUCAGUGACGCCCUCGGUUCAGCUUCCAGUGCUGCUGGCUCUCCUUCUCCCGAGCUCUGCAAGCUCCCUUGCUGCUCAUGGGGAGGCUCAGGGCUAGAAAAUGCAGGCUCCACUUACAGCACACUGCUGUUACCCAUUAACUUCCUCUGCAAUCCUUUGUCCCUGCCUGCUCCCCUGAGCUGGAGGUGUGGAGAAGAGCUUCCUUGCUUCCGGAGCAAUUUCACAGGGAAGGCUUGGCUGACCAUGUACUUAAUGUACAUAAAAAUAGAGACUUGUUAGAAAAUCAUGCCAGUUGGAAGAAAGUGCAGACCGAAAGGAUUCUGCACAUGUUGUGAGCAGAUAAUCUGUUAGCAGCAGACUGUAAUUUACCUGAAACCUAUGAUUUUAGCUGCCACACCUAGAGAGGCCUAGCAGAUGGGCACUGUGUGUGUCAGGUAUUCAGGCUCACAGCAUCACAGUUAUUCCCAACCACCUGACAGAGCUGAAAGGAGUGGGAAUGGGACGACUUGAAUCUUGGAGGAGGUUGGAAAACCCUGGACUGUUGUGUUUGUAGUGGUAACUUGGGGAGGGAAACAGGCUGGACUGAGUAACAAGAAGUACCCAGCUCCAGGGGGCAUUUCAGUGCCAAGAUACAGCAUUGGACUGAUCAAGUGCAUAUAACAUUUGAAAUUUUGUGGUGAUGCUGGGCUUGUUCUACAGUAAACUGAGCAAGUGACUGUGUGGCCUUUCACUGCAACAUAAACAAGCUGCAUUGAUUGAUGUGCAUGUACUGGCUGUUACAAGAAAGGGAAAUGUGAUUUAGUUGUCAGGAGUGACUGAAAUAUGGAUGGGAAUCACAGUUUGCACAGUGGAUAUAACUGCUCCGUAAUGGUGUGACAGCAGGGCUCUAAUUGUUUAUUUCUUCUGUUGGGUCACUUUAAAAUUAUAAAGUAUCUCUGACAAAGGCAUUUUUAUGUUUCAUUAGUUCUGAGGAGGUUCCUUUUAUACUAAGUACGGACAUUACAAUAACUUGGCAAGACAACUGCUACAGUGGUGUGGAAACCUACACCAAUUCUGGGUACUGAUUUGGUGUUUGAUAUUGGUGCUGCCAUUCUCAGGGCUCUUAAAGCACCACACGGGCAGAGCAGGGAUGUGGGGUGUUCAAGGAGGUUGCUGUGUGUGUGAAUGCAUGGUUGUGCAAGGGCGGAUGACAACCCUACAAAACACACAAGAGCUUUGUCACCUUCUGAGAGUCCCAGCAUUCCAGCUGUGGGGAGGGAAGAGGGAAAUGCUGCCUUGCUGCUGCCUCCUUUCCAACAGAGAGGCAGCCAGGCAGCCUCCAGGCUUGCUGUUUCACAGGAGGGGAUCAUAACCAUCAAAGCAGACUCCAUUCACUUCCCUGCAGCCGUGACUGCUGCGAGGUGGGUUGUGAGUGGCACAGGAAUAGCUGCCUUGCUUCCCCCAGGAGGCAGAGCCUUGCCCCAGAACAGGCACAGCCCCACUGAAAUCAGAGGAAGAUGUCAAUCUGCUUACAAUUUUUGCCGUUUGUGUUUCAAGACAGAUGAAGCUAAUAAAUAAAGGAAGAAAUGUAACUCUGUCCAAAGUUUUGACAAGCAAAAGCAAAUGUUUGCACAGAUGUGCUGGCUCCUGCCAAUUACUUGGGACUGCAAUGUUUUUGGAUCAAUUCGUGCCCCUCUCAGCCCCAGCACUGUCUCUUCACUGCUCAGGCGCAGCAGCACCCUGGGAAGCUCCAAGCCCUGGCAGAGGGCAGGGACUGCAGCACAGAGGGAGAAGGGGAGCGCUCAGCCAGGACGCCCAGGAGGGGGGAUGUUGGGCACAUGGGUUAUUUGCACAGGAGGGGUGUCUGCUUCAGCCCAGUUGUUUCAGAGCCUAAUUUUUUCCUUCCUCAAGGAUGGGGUUUUGACCUUAAUUUUCUGUUUGUGAUGGGGUUUGUGCCACAGGGAGAGGCACAGCUAUCCCUGCUAUGGUGGUGGCACACGAUGUAGAGGUGCUGGUUUUCCAAGGUGCAGCAGAGAAGGCAGGUGGGACUUGCUCUCUGCAGUAACAGCUUUUCUCUGCACAGUCUCUCUCCCCAGGGGCUUCUUCCCUGUGAUUUAUCCUCUUGUUGCAUCUGGAUGGACUCAUUGCACUCAUUUCGUGUUGCUACAUGAAGACAGUACCACCAGCAAAACCUUUUUUCUUUAUGGGAAGAUCUUUCCUCCAGGCUGAGGCCACUUCUCCAACCUUAGUCCAUGUGUUUGUCAAAGCCACAACAACCCCAAGCCCAUGUUUUCCUUCACAGGGUGAAGGGAUGUGCUGGUUUGUGUGGGGCAAGUCAAGGGCCUUGGGUAAGGGCUGCUUGGGGUGCCCACCCAUGCUGGGGGAGGAGGGUGCUCCAUGUCCCUCCCCAGCAGGGACACCCUGAACGUGCAAUAUGAGCUAGAGUUGUGUUCCCUGCCCACAGCUCUCCUGUGUGCUCUGUCCUUUCUGCCAUCACCUGGGCUGAGCCAGCCCAGCAGAGCUGCAGGGUGUCCCCAUGGGCAGCCUGGAUCAGCUCCUGCUCCCGUGGGACAAUGAUGUGUUUUCCAGACGUAUUUCUUUUCUCUGCCUAUGAUACUUGUUAGAUUAAAAUCUCUUUUUCCCCUACCAUGUUUAAUGUCUUACUGUGCAUUUUAGAACAAAGCACUUGUUAAGGUCAUAAAAACAGCGUUUAAUUAUGGGACACACCUAACAGUUGGGGUUUUUUGAACUGCAUGAACAUAUGGAGAAAGAAGAGGGUUUUAUGUGUUGGAGAACAUCUUUGUAAACUAUCCUUGACUUGUAAGACUGCUCAGUUUUACUGGAGUUUGUAUGCGUUUUACUUUUGUAAUUUUUUAAGUGAUUUGAUAGUAUUUUAGGGCGAGGUCUACAUUUUCUAUGCGAUAUUCCGACGUGGUGUAUUUUUAUUUUUGAGAAAAUAAUGUUGAAACAACUAAAUACUUGUCAAUGUAACAUAUCCACUGUGUAAUUUCUAUUUAAAACUGGACUCUGACCAUGAAGUGCGUGUUAUUUUACGUACUGGUUGUUGCACAUUAAAGAGGUUACUCAGUUUGCUGCCA